AUGGAGGUAGAAGAAAAUCCUGGUAAUGAUGAGAUGUGUGAUUUAGAUGUCAUGGAUUCAGAUGUUGAACUUCCAAGUUUGAAGAAAACAGUUGGUACACAGUGUGAUACUGGAGUGAUAAUAGAGGAGAACAACAGGUUAAAAGAAGAAUUGAAAGCUGCAAGAAUGGAACUGGAAAAAGAAAAGUGGAGUGUUUCAAAAAUUGCUGACAAUGAUGGUCUUACAAAGUUUUAUACAGGUCUUCCAACUUUUGGUAUUUUUUUAUGGCUUUUUACUUAUCUUCAGGAUAAAUGUUCUAGGAUGUCUUAUUGGACAG